AUGUCGGACCCGCACCAACAAGCGCCGCCGUCGCCACCGCCGCUGCAGCCGACGGCGUCGUACAUCUACCCUGUGCGGUCGCUGCUGUCGGGGAUCCAGCCUGCACCAGAGACGACAGAACAGACGACGAGCACGCACGAGCCAUUGGUCUUGCUCGAUGGACUCCGCAAGGAUGCCCAGAUCAGAGCCGACCGAGGUCAUACUGCACAGAAGCCGUCGCUGGGUGCACGCAGAGGCAUCGGAGAGACCACGCUGCCGAUCCAGCGAGGCGGAAUGGGUGUCCGUGACGAGUCCUUUUUCAGCGCACCGCUGCCGACCAAGCCCGAGUCGGCCUCUCCUACGUUCUUCACUGCUCACUCUCAGUCUGGUUCUCCCCUUUCCCGCCGCGAGACUAUCGAUGAGCCCCCGGGUCCACGCAGGGCCGUGAGCGGACUCGAACACAGGCUCAACGAUCCAGCACGUCCCUACCCGGCCGAGGGGAUGGCAUCGUCCGACUCACGCAUCUGGAGGCCUCGCCGGCGGCUGAUCAGCCGGAUCAGGCCGACGGAGGUGUCAUUCUCCACGACAGCGUCGACGGAGAGGUCAUUCGUCGCAGUGUCCACAAGGGAUCCCAGUCAAGCACCACUGGCACCGGCACUGGUCCGGCCGGAACAGGAACAGGCACUGGUACUGGCACGGGAGGAAGUCGAAGCGAUAGCAAUGCAUCUGGCAAACCCCCUUCAGAGCCAGCAAGGCCAGCUCGCCACUAUCGAAUCCGAGGCCGUCUCCAUCUCGGGCAUCUCUGAAGAGAGCCAGGAGCUUGUCACUGUUCGCUUCCAGCAUGUCCAGGACGAGGACGGCCAUCAUGUCGUCGUCGGCCGCGAAGGUCGUUUGACCCGCUGCGAAGACGAGCCUAUUCGUGUGCCUGGAGCAGUCCAGGGCUUUGGUGUACUUAUUGCUGUCGAAGAGGACUAUGAAACCGGCAAUUUGGUCAAUGCAGGAGAAUUACUCGGUCUAUCCCCCAAAUACCUUUUUUCCCUCGACUGCCUCACUCAAACAUUACCCGACAGCCAAGCAGACAUUCUCUGGGACAAUGUCCAAUUCCUCCACGAUCCCGAACUCGACGCAUCCGACGCCACCGAGGACUCCCCUCAAGUUUUUCUCCUCAGCGGCUGGGGCGAGCCUGGUUCGUCCUUGAAUGACCCCGCCUUUGCAAAUAAUUCUUCGGGCCGGAGAGAAUGGACUUGCUGGUGUGCCGCUCACCGGCCGAGGCAGCCCCAGAAGCAAGCCGAAGGCUCAUCCUCAGGUCAGCCUUCCCAUCCUCCGUUCCUUGCCCGCCAUUAUUUCUUAUUCCCUUCUCCGGACCUAUCGGGUUCGAACAAAUUCGACGACGACGAUGACCCGUUGUCUCCGUUGAUUGUACUUGAAUUUGAACUCGAGCGCGAUAUAUUUAACCCACUUUACCCGCCAUAUACACCUGCCCUGGCCCUUGAUUCGCCCGGGAUAGCCAGUCGCUCGAGUGGUUCUGCAAGCGCGGGUGGUGCCAAAUCUGGAACUGGAAGCGGGAGUUCGAGUGCAGGGGUGCGAAGUGCAGGAACAGGGACAGGGAGUGCAGGGGCGGGGAGUGCGGGAACAGGGAGUGCGGGGGCUCGGACCGCGACGAGCGGUGGAACGGGAGGUUCAAGUGUCACCGAGCAAGGCAAAGACAACGCACCAAAGGCAGUCCCGACCGGUACAGGACAAGAUGCAAUCGAAGGGACGUCUCCCGAGGAUGGCAAGACGGGCGAAGUGGCUGGAGAAGGGUUGACCGAGGGAGAAGUCGUUGUUCCCGUCGUUGUUGGAAAAUCAGACGAUCCGCCGCCCAAAGACCAAUCCAAACCGGACGAGACGACCCCCACGGCUGUGCCCACAUCCACCCCAGCCCCCGAUCAAAGCGAGUCGCCGCUAAAAGGACAAGUCGAGUCUGGGAAAACGUCGGGCCAGUCGGGCGGGAUGCACGGCACCGUCACCGACCCGUCCUCGUCUGGCGGGAGAACCGCCAAUGCCCAAGCACUGACCGAGGGCGAUCUGGACCCGACCGAGCUGCGCGGUCUAGUAGGCGACGACGCAUGGUUCCCGUCGCCCGAAGACGUCGUCGAAUCCACCACGUCGCGCUCCCGCCCGCUCCGCGCGCUCGAGCGCAUGCGCCGGAUCACCCGGGACGGACACGGUCCGCGUCGGGGGGGCGCGGGGGCCGGCGGAGUCGGGACCAUGGAUGUGUUUGCCGUGUUGGCCCAGGUCAACGAUCAGUUGGGCUCUGCGCCCGAUUUGGAGAGUUUUUUAAAGGUCGUGUUUGAUGAGCAGUGGAACGGACAGGUCGUGGCCGAGUUGGUCGACUGGAGUCAGACACACGAUAUUUACAAGGGACUGCAUUUCCCAGCUGCGGAUAUUCCAGCCCAGGCCCGAGAAUUAUACACCAUCAACAAGGUCCGGCUGUUGUACGAUCGCGGGCAGACGACGGCGAGACUUGUAGUCAGGGAUCGAUCAGAUUUGGAGAGUCCGUUGGACAUGACACACUCGUGCUUACGCGCCAUGAGUCCCAUUCACAUCAAGUACUUGGCGAAUAUGGGUGUUCGAGCGUCCAUGUCGAUCUCGAUUGUGACGUUUGGCCAGCUGUGGGGUCUGAUCGCAUGCCAUUCGUACGGCCCGCACGGAAUGCGCGUGUCUUUUCCCGUGCGGCAGAUGCUCAGGCUCCUGUCCGACUCGAUCUCGCGGAACAUUGAGCGCUUGAGUUAUGCGCAGCGGUUGCAUACGAGAAAGCUGAUCUCGACCAUUCCGACCGAGCAACAUCCGACGGGAUACAUUGUUUCAAACGCGGAAGAUCUAAUCAGUCUCUUUGAUGCGGAUUUCGGUGUACUCGUGAUUGGCGAGGGAGCCAAGAUUCUGGGUCCCAACGAACAUGGACAGGAGACGUUGCUCGUCGCCGAGUAUCUGCGCUUGAAACAGUUCAAUCUUAUGCAAGUCUCCCAAGCGGUCAAGACCGACUUUCCCGAUCUCAAGUUGCCCACCGGAUUAGACGUCGUUGCUGGGCUACUCUAUGUCCCGCUUUCGCCCGGAGGCAAGGACUUUAUCGCGCUCAUGCGUAAAGGGCAGUUGCGAGAUGUGCAUUGGGCCGGGAAGCCGUUUAAGCCUGGAGCAGGGUCCGGCGCCUUCUUGGAGCCGAGAAAAUCGUUCAAGGCGUGGAAAGAAACGGUUUCUGGGCGGUGUAGAGCUUGGACGGACGAACAGCUCGAGACGGCUGGUGUGUUGGCACUGGUAUACGGAAAGUUUAUCGAAGUCUGGAGACAAAAGGAAACGGCAUUGAAGACGAAUCAGUUGACUAAUUUAUUACUUUCUAACGCGAGUCAUGAAGUACGAACACCUCUUAACCAUAUAAUCAAUUAUCUUGAAAUGGCAUUGAACGGCCCCCUGGACUCGGAAACGCGCGAAAACUUGGUCAGGUCUCACACCGCCUCACGAAGCCUUCUUUUCACGAUCAACGACCUCCUCGAUCUGACCAGGCACGAAACCGGAAACGAAACAUCUUUCAACGAACCGUUCGAUCUGCCAGGCACGAUCGAAGAUGCUGUCACCCUCUAUCGUAUCGAAGCGAUGCGUCGCCGGAUCGGGUUUAUUGUCGAUACGAGCGACUGCCCGCAAAUGGUGACUGGCGAUUCGAAAAAGAUUCGGACGGUGGUGUCGAAUUUGACUGCUAAUGCUGUAAAGUAUACGGAAACCGGACAAAUCAAUGUUGAAUGUCGACGAUUCAAGGAGCCUAUUGGACUGCGAGAUUCGAAAGAAGUGGCGGUUGAGAUUGUCGUGGCUGAUACUGGGUGUGGAAUCUCGAGCGCCAAACUGGAGAGUAUCUUCCGUGAGUUUGAGCAGGUCGAAUCUUCGAUACCGCGAUCGGGUGAAUCUCAGGGCUUGGGUUUGGGUCUAGCGGUCGUUGCGCGCAUCGUAGAACAACUAGGCGGCCAACUUCGAGUUGACUCUAAGCAAGGCCAAGGUUCCCGCUUCUCAUUCUUGAUUCCAUUUGCUCUUCCCGAUGGCUCGUCAUCUGAACAAUCAUUCUCACCUCAAUCCGGAAACAACGUCGAGAGGUCUAGGAGGAGCAGUAUGGGGUCCGCAUACGCAUCGGCUGCAUCUGCCUCGGUACGCUCAGCCAAUAGCCGAAUCGAAAGCCUGGUCGAAGCCUUGUCCGCUCCUCCUGGCCACAUGUCAUCCCCGUCAUCCCGUGGCAUCCGAGCAUCGCCUCCGGGAAUGCAGCGACAACCAUCCACACAGAACCCUCCUAUGGCACGCGUGAGCACACGGCCUGUCAACCCGCCUGCUGGCGUCUUUCCAGUCGAGGGAUCCAAGUGGCCGAUUCGCGGCGUCAAGAUGGACGAAUUUGAUAUGGACAAGCCGUCGGUUGCGGGAGAGAGCCAAGCGCCGGUACUCGAGCAGGCUGCCAAUCGGGUCCAAAAGCAACUGGAGGACCAUCCGGUGCAGGUUGGGGCUGGGAAAAGAGGCGGAAAGAAGGCGGCUGGAUCUAGUGGAGAGAGCAUCAUAAAAUUGAGGAUUCUGGUUGUGGAGGACGACGAUACCAAUCGUAAAAUUUUGUGCAAACGUCUCGCAAUGGACGGGCAUGAAGUUCUGCACACGACCAACGGACAAGAGGCUGUCCAAAAAGUCGAGGGGGAUCGGGAAUGGGAUUGUGUUCUGAUGGAUAUCCAAAUGCCCAUCUUGGAUGGAUUCGGCGCUACCAAGGCUAUUCGUAAACUCGAGGCUGCCUCUCCCGAAGAAACCUCUGCGAUAGCCGCUGACCGUACUUCUAUGCGCCUGAAUGGACGUAUUCCUAUCUUUGCGGUAUCAGCAUCUUUGCGCGAAAAGCAGCGGGAAGAGAUGCAUGACCUAGGCAUGGAUGGAUGGAUCCUGAAGCCCAUUGGAUUCGAUCGUUUACGAACAAUCAUGAAGGGUAUCACCGAUCUCGAUCAGCGCCAGAAGGACAAAUACCAACCCGGAAAAUGGGAAGUCGGAGGAUGGCUCGGAGAACCGAAUCCUAUUCUGCGAGUGCCGCAUAAUUGA